CCCAACACCACCUUUCCUUCUGACUUCCCUGACGUCCCACCACUGUCCCCCCCACCACUCUCCUUGCUCCUUUGCUUUCCCAUAAUUAAACAUCAGUACCCACCAUCUCUCUCUCUCUCUCUCUCUCUGUGGCUUUUUCCAUUUCCUUAUUCUUUUUUUUUUCUUUAGCUGUGUCCUCUCAUUCAACCUCCAUUAAUUGUGUAAUGGUCAUGGGAUAUAAUCAGCCAUACAGAAAGCACAACUGAACCAGAUGUCUAAACUUUCAAAACAGUACAAUAAAUCCAUGAACUUUGCAAUUCCGCUUCUUGAUCUCCAUGACGGUCCUUUAGAUAUCUUGAAAUGCAGAGUGGCUCAACCUGGUUGUUGUAAAUUCAGAAUGUAAAAUAGCUUCUCAGCCUACCACGCAGCUCAACAAUGAAACCUGCUUUUGACCUUGAAGUAAUGGCCUCUUCGGAAAAUGAUUCUGAAGUUAGUAGCCAAGUAGCUUCCAACAAAUCCAUCUCCUCUGCUGAUCUCUGCAGAAACAGCCUCGUUAACUCUUCCCAACUCACAAAUAUUCUGGUGACUCAAUCAGAGUUAGAGCCAGUCACACUUGACUUAACUCUCAGCUUAUACACUGAUGAUUUAGUGGGAAGGGAUUCCACAGGACUCUCACUGUCAAGCACAAGCGAGAGCAGCAACGAGCCGGCAUCCCAUACAACAACUGCAGCUAUCCCUCGAGUCUUUUCUUGCAAUUACUGUCAACGCAAGUUCUUCAGCUCGCAGGCUCUUGGCGGCCACCAGAAUGCACACAAGAGGGAAAGAACACUGGCAAAGCGGGCUAUGAGAAUGGGCGUUUUCUCUGAGAGAUAUGCCAGCCUAGCAUCUCUGCCUCUGCAUGGAUCUCCAUUCAGGUCACUAGGAAUCAAGGCACACGGUUCUGCACAUUAUGGGUUUGUGCCAUCAGUGAGGUCCCCCGAGAUCAGAAACACCGCAAAGUUUCAACAUGGCUAUUUGGGCAUGCCCAUUUUCUUGGAGGAUGAUGAAGCAGAGCUGUUGUGGCCUGGAAGUUUCCAUCAGGCCGCUGAGGCAGGUAACCCACAUCAGAGUUUUGUACUGACUGAAAGCUCAGACACAAAUUUCGUAGAGGUGACUCCACAAGUGAACAUAGAUAACUCCAUACCCGAUCUCACAUUGAAACUUUGAGAGGUGGUUUGGUUGCUUUCAAAUCUUGCUUUAGUAUCUCCACUUGUGUUAUCGUUCUGUACAGUGAGGUGUGCCUGGCCAAAUGACCGCCAAGCUUUUUUUGUGAUAGAUAUUUUCUUUCUCCUUUGGUUACCCAAGUCUUCGCUUUGAUAUUCUACUUGGAAUGUUUGUCAUUGUAUAAGAGCUUCUCAUGGAUAAUUUGUUGCUCCUAUAUAUGCUUGUUAUGACA